CAGUCGCGGCACAGUCUCAUCUAAGCCACAGCUAUGCGCACAUCCUCCCUGACAUAGCCGAAUUUUUCCUUCAGGGAAUCGCGAAAUUACCGCGCGAAUUUGACGAGAACUUUCAAAGACAAUUUGGUAAAGUGAUAGUGUUUGCAUUGCUUACAGAUUUUUGUGCGGUUCUGGACAUGUUGUGAAGUGUAUUUAUUUUGUGCAUUUUUUUUCUUUUUGGAUUUAUUUUGCGACGGAAUUUUUGGUGCAAUAUGGGAUUGGUUUGGCGGGUUUAAAGGUUUAAUUGUGUGCGUUGAUUGAUAAAGAUGCUGGGGUGUGCUCGGAGGAGAGUGACCUCGGUUUUGUGCGUGAGAAAUAUCAGUUCGGCGAUCGACAGCCGGUGUUUAGAUAAGUAGUGCAACGGCAGACGUGACCAGGGGAAGUGAAGUGACCACCACAGGAGUGGUAUGCUUUAUAUUGUAUUUUGUAUCGACUGCGCGCUGUCUGGUCGCUACGUAACGUGGCUUCCCGGCGCGCGACUUCAGUGCUGGAUGCUACUAACUGUAUACACGUUACCACAGCUUGCCGUCUCUGCAAAGAUAUUGUGCCUCCUGAUGGUGAUGAUCUCUGGCGCUGUGCCGUCGAUGGUCCGUUCCGUUCGGCUGUACAGCAAGUGUUCGCAUAUGUAUGUCAACGUUUUCCCCAACGGCACCGUCAUGGCGCGAUCAGAUGGAAACGAUCAACCGAAUCUCACGAUCAGCACUCGCGGCUUAAGCCUGGACCUGCUCAUCCACUCGCCCGUGCAAGACAUGUACCUCUGCUUCAACCGCUCACGACUCGUCGGCAGAAGACUGACAAGGUUUCAAGCCGAAAGACAACCGAACUGCCUGUUCAAAGAAGAAUUCGUAGACGGCUACAACAGAUACCACCUGGUAAAGAACGAAGACCGCUACAUAGGAUUCAACAGGCGAGGCGCUCAGAUGAGACGCGGAAAGAGCAACCUUCCCGAAAGACAGCACAAAUGCUUCUCGCUGCUAAAGGAAGCCCACGACUUCGACAUAAACAGACACAACACUGUGAUCGCGGGCACCGUGCCCAAGUGGCGCCCCCAGCGUAGACUCCGGCCUCCGUCGCAGAACUCCAUCAAGCCCCCGUGUCACGGCGUGCGCCAUCAUCACGGCAGGCAUCAGAGGCGGCGAAACUGUGAGGGCACGUAGGUGACUCGUCUAAUAAUUUGCAGCAUUUACGCUUCAACGCUUAUCGCGUUUCGUUGCCAGCGACGAACAUUGAGUGGACAGAGUAUUAGUCAACUACCACAGUAUUAUAACAGUGACGAGGACUGAACAGUGUUAGGUUAGCACGGCCGCGGUGGCCGCGGCAUCACAAACGCCUUAUGAAUGGUAGCUGAAGCGAGAGGGGGAGCAAACAUUUGAAUGGGACAAAAAGCCAGUCCGGAGAUGUGAAAUUCCGUAUGGUUGUGUAAUAUCAUGGGCGCUCGUUUGCUCGUCUGCGCUCGAGUUUGUGCUCUAAAAGGAAAAAAGUUCUGUGGUAAGAGUAAAUAGUAGUCUCACUAGUCACGAGUCUUCCCACAGACCACCGCUGAACUUUGAAGAUUACGACACGAAUUUACAAGGCGUCAAUGAUAUUUAAUCUGCCCAUUUGUGUAGUUUUGCCAAACUUUGAUAAUUGAGUUCCAGCUCGCCCGCUCGCAAUAAUGUACUUACAGCCCCGUUAUGUCAAUUCUCAGUGUAUUAUUUAAAAUGCUUUACAUUCUUAAGUAUAGAUCAUGUUAUCCGCUUGUAAAUAUAUGUUUACUUAUUUAUCGAAAACUUAAAUGAACAUGUAAACGUACUUAGAUGUAAAAUUGUAUUAAAUUGUUUUAUAUUUAAAUCGACCGAUCGCUCUCUUGUGAUUUGCCACAGUCGACCUAACUUCUUCUAAAUCCGAACUUCCUCAUGUUUUCAAUUGUAUGAAAUGUUAUGUGUAUGAUUUUGAGAGUUUUGUAUAUAUUAUUUUUAAGUGUUCGUAUGUGAGUGAUGAGUUUUUGAAUCUCUUUUAAAAUUGUACAGUAGAUUCUCGGUUGUUUAAUGGUUUGUGCGAGACAUAAUGCAACUCGAAUUUGUAAGUGAAAUAGAUGUGGGAAUAUGAACAAUCGAGAGUCUACUCCAGACUGAUGACAGUUGCCAUACGGUCGUCAAAUAUUGAAGCGAAAUUGUAAUCUAAACACAUUAACAAGAUCUGUGCCAUAGUGUGGCAGUGCACGAUUUGUAAGUUAAGUUUGUCUGUAGGUAAUAUUUAAUGGAAGAUAUGAUUUAAAGUUAGUUUACCAAGACCCGUGUAGUAUUGUCAUCAAAGUGUGGGUUAUCAAUGUUAGACAUUCCAAUUAAACUUAUUUAAAGACAUAGUCGACAAUACAUAGCAUUCCAUUGACUAAACGCUUUUACAAAGUAUUGUUAAAAUGUAUCGCCGUGUCUAUAUUUAUAACAGAUGCUGAAAAUGAAAUUACAUAUUGCUAAGAAAAUUAUGAAAUUAAAUCAUAUUUAA